CGCGCCUCGCGCCGGGCCGGCACCUACGAGGUCCUCACCGAGCUGUGCUCCAGGUACGCGGCCAGCCCGGCCUUCCGGGUGUGCGUCGGCCACGCCACCACCGUGUUCCUGUUGCGGCCCGACGACAUCGGCGCGGUGCUGUCCAGCACGCGCUUCGCCACCAAGUCGUCGCUGUACUCGGCGCUGGAGCCGCUCAUCGGCAGCGGGCUGGCCAUACUGGCGGGCGAGGACUACCGGCGCCACCGGAAGGCCGUCACCCCGAGCCUGCACCUGGACGUGCUCAAGGAGUUCGCGCCCGUCUUCUACAAGCACGGCCAGGUCUUGGCGGACAGCCUGGCGGCCCGCGACGGCAGCGUCCUGGACGUGGUCAGUCUGUGCGGCGACUGCGCCAACGCGGCCAUCUGCGAGACCGUCAUGACCACGGACGUCGCCGACGACGACCUCGGGCGGCAGGGCUUCCUCGCUGCCAUUCCGGAGGCCAACAAGCACUUCAUGUUCAGGCUGAGCAGACCGUGGUUCCUCGGGGAGUGGGCCUUCAAGUUGAGCGGCCGCUACGCCGCCUACCUGGACACCAAGCGCGCGCUGGACGACUUCACGGAGAGGAUCAUCCGGGAGAAGAAGAGUCGCCUGGUCGCGGCCUCGACGGGCACGCCGCCGUGCGCCGCCCCGAGCACGACGCGACCGCCUGGGGGUCGUCUCGCCUUCCUGGAUCACGUGCUCUGCUCGGCAGAGGGCGCGGCCCUGGGCGACGACGAGCUCGCCGCGGAGGUCAAGACCCUAGUGGCCAUCGCCUCGGGCUCGUCCAUGGACACGCUCAGCCUCUUCCUCCAGACCAUCGCCAUCCGGCAGGACAUACAGGAGGCCAUAUGGAAGGAGGUGACCGACGUCGUGGGUGAGGACGCGUCCCGGGCGCUGUCCGCGGCCGACCUGCAGCGCCUGCAGUACACGGAGCGCGUGUUCAAGGAGGUGCUGCGGUUCUACAGCGUGGUGCCGCUGUUCGCGCGGCGCAGCCCCGAGGACGUCCGGCUGCCGUCGGGGGUCCUGGUGCCGCGCGGCUGCCACGUCGCGCUCUGGCUGCCGCACGUGCACCGGUGCGCCGAGCACUUCCAGGACCCCGACGAGUUCGACCCGGACCGCUUCCUCCCGGAGCGGGCGCGCGGCCGCCACCCGUACGCCUUCCUGGCCUUCAGCGCGGGGCCCCGGAGCUGCGUCGGCCAGCGGUACGCGCUGCACUUCCUCAAGGCCGUGGCCGCCGCCCUGGUGCUGCGGCUGCGCUUCGCGGUGCCCGCCGGCGGGCCCAGCCGCCCCCAGGACGUGCCCCUCCUGCUCAACCUCACCACCUGCGUCCGCGGCGGCGCCAAGGUGCUCGUCAGAGUGCGGCCGCCGCGGCCGCCGCCACCAGGCCUCCCCCCGCGCCCGACGACGCCGCGGGAGGGCCAGGGAGUACAUUGAGGGUGGCGCAGAAAGCUCUGCAGGCUCGCCUUUUCCCAACGCGAUGCCGCGCUGAACGUCCCUGUUUUUAGCUACACUGCGCCCGACGCGCGCCGGGCUGCUAGGCACCCCGUCGCGCGCGCUCGCGUAGGUUUGCCUACCGUGAGUUUGCAGGCGCCACCGUCCGCUCCCAAAUUUGUUGUUUGCAAUAACCAAAAUAGUCAAAUUGUAAAUUAAAUGAAAUCUACGAGCAUUGUAUUUAUUAUUAUUUAUCGUUUUUCUUCCAUGUUGUCGUGUUUUCUUACAAAUUUUUUGGCCGAGCAUCUAAUGGAGAAUCUGAGAUUAUUUGUCCAGAAUCUUAUCUGGAAACUAACAAGAUGUGGUAUCUACUAUAUUUUACCCGAAGAUAACAUUUUGGAUAGUAUAUAUAUCUAGAUUCUUACAAGAUCUAUAUCUUAUCUGAAGAUAAAAUUUUGGCCACUAUCUUUUAUCUUUUUAUCUAGAUAGAUUUACAGAGUAUCUUGCACAGCACUGGUCCCUAAGACAUUGUCAGCUUUUCCAUAUCUUGCCAUGCCGAACUUGUGUUAGUAGAGGCACAGAGUAAAAGUCAAGAAACAAAAGUACAUAUUCUCCGUGUUCAAGGAUCUUCCAAUUUUCUUUGGUGAUAUUUUACGUUGUGUUGAUUUGUUUAUGCUCUAAUAAAUUAUAUUCAAGCACUCUUU